AUGUCAGAGGGAAACCUGCUCAACGUCAGGAAUAGGGGCUCGAGCGUAAGCAGCUCAGACGGCGGGAGUCGAGUGAGUGGCAAAGGAGUGCGACUGCGACUGACCAUUUCGUCAUGGGCAACAACAGAGCACGAAUUGCACAACAAUAGUCCCACUGAGAAAGAACGGUUUCUAGAAGAAAUACUCACAGACUUAGUCAACGAACGAGACCCGCAGGACGGUAUGUAUGUGAUGGGCAUCUGUCAAUAA